UGCAAUCAUUAAUUUUUGGACUGAUCUGAUUGGCUCCUUUAACAGAGAGAUGGGAAAUGACCUUAUGCUGCAGAUCGGUACUGCCAUGCAGCUCAGAGGCAAACAGAAACUGAACUGAUGAAACAGAUGGGAGGUCAGAAUGUUUGUUACCAUGACAAAAUAGGAAAUUCUAAAAUUUACACAUUAUCUGUAAUCUGUCAGAGGUCUCUCCGGCAUGUCUGGGGUGAGUGUGGGUACGUAUCUACCUGUGUGCUCACAUGGCACCAUGCCCAUGCUCUGGUCCCACCUCCAUCACUCAUGAAAACAACCUGCUUUACCGCCUCCAUCUAAAACAGUCUCAACACCCUUUUCCUGCGGAGUACGUCGGCUUUCACUGAGCUGCAGGACACCACCUGAUGAAUCCAGCAAAACUACCUCAGAGACCACAACAUCAUCAAACCUCCAUCCUCCUCCACUCCAGGCUUCUGUCCAUAAGAGUCAUGAUUGGAGUCGCUCGGCAGCUCUGAGUGCAGCUCAGAGACAGCGUAAUCCUGAAGCGCCCCUGCAGGAUCCCUAGGGACGCAGCUGUCCACAAACCCACAGACUGAAGAUUAAUCUUUGUGUCAUCAAUCUGAGGCUUGACAGACGACUGAUGUGAUGGGCCGCAGCCAGAGAGGGAGAAGGUCUUCGUGGCUUCUGACCUGCUCUACGAAGUUCACAUCCUGCUGGCCGAUCCUGGUACCCAGGCCGUAUGUUUGAUACCACUGUUUCCUUCUUUGUAUCUACUCAGAUUUUCACAAAAAGUGAUUAAAAUUUAAAGUUUUCAUAAACUCUCAAGGUCUCACACCAAAUAAUAACCAGAUAAUCAAUAAUCCUCAGUCUGUUUACACUGAUUAUGUUGUUGGCUGGUUGCUAGUUAAGAUUUUCACUGAUUUCACACCAAUAAUAAACUACACCAUCACACCACGUGACUCACACCAUGUCACUUCGAUAAGACACCAGCAAGCUGAGGGUUAACGUGACUGAUCCGCCGAUUGUCUUCACAUUAAAGCCCCUCAGAGGUUUCUGGCUUACUUCCUGUCUAUGGAUGAACCGCAGCAGUGUCAAUCUGAAUCCACUGUGGUGCUGCUAGAGUGAGCAGGUGUGGAACUGUGGGCUCAGUUUGACCUUCUGUGGGCGGUCGGUGAGUACGAGCAGGUGGAGAGGGGGGCGUUUUGAAGGCGGAGCUGUAGUGGAUGAAGAGCCCGCUGACAUAUCUGUCCCAGCUGUCCCAGGUGAUCGGGAGACCCGUUUGCUCGUUAGGUGAAGUAGUGUGGUCCAGAGUGGGAGCAUGUUUGGCUAUCAGGAUGUUACGGGGAGCGGGGCUUCGUUCCAGUAGUGCUCUUACGCACGACGUCAUACGUCACGUCCGGAAACACAAGAUGGCGGCGGCCUUUCGGAGGGUAUGGAGCAACGGCAGAGUUUUCUCUCAGAGCUGCAGACGCUUCAGCACAGGACGUGGGCUUCUGCCAGGCCCCCGGCCCCUGCCCUUCCUAUUGGUGACUGGUGGUGGUUACCUUGGUUACAAGCAGUACCAGAAGUGGGGCCAGGGGGAGGAUGGAGCCCCGCCCCCUGUGGCUACACCCACACAGGUGGCAUUGUACCGUUCCUUCCCUACUCGACUCCUCUCUCGGGCGUGGGGUCGUCUGAAUGGGGUGGAGCUCCCCACCUGGCUUCGGAAACCCAUCUACUCCCUGUAUAUCUGGACCUUUGGCGUGAACAUGCAGGAGGCAGCGGUGGAGGAUUUACAUCAUUACAGAAAUCUAGGAGAAUUUUUCAGGCGACGCCUUAAACCUGCAGUCCGACCACUCUGCGCCUCCUCCUGCCUGACCUCUCCGGCUGAUGGAAGGAUCCUCCACUUUGGUCGCGUAAAGAACUCAGAGGUGGAGCAGGUGAAGGGGGUCACCUACAGUCUGGAACAUUUCCUCGGACCACAGAAGAGGCGGUGCAAAGACUCCUCGUCGUCCUCCUCCUUCAGGGACGACCUCCUCUCGUCUCCCGACAGCGACCUUUUCCACGUUGUCAUUUACCUGGCUCCAGGUGACUACCACUGCUUCCAUUCGCCCACAGACUGGAGGGUGGAGCUUCGGCGUCACUUUCCAGGCUCGUUAAUGUCGGUGAACCCAGGUGUUGCUCGUUGGAUCAAAGAGCUCUUUUGCCUUAACGAGCGUGUGGUUCUCACCGGCCAAUGGCAGCAAGGCUUCUUCUCAUUAACGGCGGUCGGUGCCACGAACGUCGGUUCAAUCAGAAUUUACUUUGACCAGGAGCUUCAGACCAACACACCUCGUUACAGUAAAGGCUCCUUUCAUGAUCACAGCUACAUUGCUGACCAGACGGUGAAGUUUGCUGGUGAAGGGGGCGUGGCCUUACAGAAGGGAGAGUCGGUCGGGGAGUUUAACCUGGGCUCCACCAUCGUUCUGCUUUUCGAGGCCCCCAAAGACUUCAGCUUCAACCUGCAGCCUGGCCAACGAAUCAGAGUGGGAGAAGGCCUCGGCAGCCUCUAAUUGGAUGACUUACAGGCUCAGGGGGCAGGGCCGGAUCAGAGACAGAUUUUAAGAGAGGAGUUUUAGGAAUUCUGGGUAUUUUUCUCUGCGGAGGACUCGAAAUGGAUGCUUAUCACAACAAGCACGCAGACUCCCAGAAUGCCUUGUGCCCGUGAGCGGGAAAUGCCAAACCCCUCCCUCUCUGUCCCUCUCACUCAGAGACUCGACCAGCAGCUGAACACAUUUCUGUUUGAAUGUUUCAAACUUUAUUGCUCACAGGUUUUUGUUAGCAUCAGCUAGCUCACAUCUGAUUGGAGGCCAGUGAUUGGUUGAAGGGUUAUUAUUACUAAUUUGUCUCAUUAAUCUUGUUUUUUGUUUUUUUUGUGGGAUUUAAAUGUGACACCUCCUCCAUUUUCUCUGCUUUUGUAAAAGAUCUAAUUAUGAAUAAAGUUUUUUUUUCUUUUUAAA